AUGAAAUGAGGCGUCGCAAAUAUCCUUGUAGGCAUCCGCUGAAAAAAAAAAUUAGUCAUUAACUUACACUAUAUUAGGGAAGUGGGAGGUUUCAUAGGUACUCGAAAUAAUAGGCCCGCCCAAAUGACUUCUGGUUGGUAAUUUGUAGACAAAUAAUAAACGAGGUUUUUCAUUAAAAUGAUGAACAUUAGGUAUGGCUUUAUAAUAGAACUUUUGUCAGUGGUUUUACCUGUUAAAUGGGAACUACUACGCGCACCCAGAUAAAUAGUUACCUUACUUACUCGAUACAUUUUCCAUUUAACUCUGAAAUAUUUUUUCAAAUGGGGCUAGUAGUUCGUAAGAUAAGCUCAUUUAAGAAAGCUAACAAAGAAACCAUUUAGCUUUACCUAUAAUAUUAGUAUGGAUAAAAGUCUUACCAACUUUUCUGCAAGCUGUGAUGGCCUCCUUAGCAGGCUCUUUUAUAUCAUCGGGUAGUAAUAAAUCAGCUUGCUUUAUAGCUGCUUCGUAAUUUAAUUUUCCGUUUUUUAUCUGGUAAAAAUGUUAUUGUUUGUUUAAAUCUGAUCUUAAAAAGAAUUGAGUUGUUCUUGAAAGUUCCUGAGUAGGUAAGACUGGUUCGCUUUAGUAGCGUGAAUUUUAAACUGACUGAUAAUUGGCAGGGCUCAUCACAUUUGACUUUUAUCACUUUGCUCCUACAAUAACUAUUCUGUAACACAUGUUAUACGAAAAAGAGGCAAUACUAACCGUGUUAGCCAUUUUCAUGAUGCAAGCCAUGUAGCAUUUAACUUCUUUGUCUUCGUUAAAUACACCUUCGGCGAUAGGGUCGAUUUGUUCUUAAAAAGUAAUAUUUUGAUCAAUAUUCGAAUUUUAAUCAAUAUAAAAAUCGUUGAUUGAAACAAGUUGACGUUUUUCUAUUUAAACUAAACGAAAAAUCUCUUACCAUCGGCAACAUUAUUCUUUGGUUGACAUGACUUCCUCAUCAUUUUUCCAGUGUUUCUGAUUUGUUUCAUUGUCAUCUAAAAUAUUAAAUGAGUAUUAUUUUUUUGAGUCUAAAAACGUCCACUGCUGGACAAAGGCCUUCCCCAAGCUGAGGGGAUUUGCCCAUACUCACAGCGCUGGGUAUGUAUAUGUUGGUGAAAAAUGUUUACCUAGUUGAUAAAAAUAUUUGGCUUCAUGUUGAAGCCUAGAAAGACCUUUUUAUAAGAACAUAUUACAUUUAUUAUUCUAACCUCCCCUACCUCCUUGCAAUUCACCGACGUUGGGUUUAUUCGCAUUAUUCGCUAAGCUAUGUGUAUGUCCCAAUCACCAGGUUCCUUUUCUUAAAUGGCCAAGUGCUAUAAAUCCAUCUUAGAUUUCCUUCCAUUAUGUUCUUUCUACAUUACGAUAUAAUACAAAUUACUCACCGCUUCACACAUUGCAACCAGUGUCAAGAACUUCACAAUUUCAAUGAGGAGCAUAUUCGUUAUUUUAAUUUUUAAGUGUCGUGUAGUGGUGUCAUGGCCUCCAAUUUAAUGGAAACCUUGAUCUUCAAUAACACCUUUAUAUGAAGUUUGACGGGUGAUGUGUUAAUGAUAACUUAACAGCUUUACACCUAAUUAAUGCAAGUGUCCAUAAUUUCAGCAAGAUUCUUAGACAGUGUCAUCAAAGUAGCUACAGCUUACAAACAAUAUGUACUUGUGUAUAAGGGUUGAGAAACAGUCAAGUACCUAAUACUUGGAACAGCCAUGGACUUUCUAAUGAACAUGAUGUGGUCUCUCUCCGGUCGUGCUUGAUGCCUUAUGCCGUCUCUUCGGACUAUAGGCGCAAGGAACAGAGAGUGUACCUGUGUUUAUGCGGAUGCAUGUGCACUAUAAUAUGUUCUGCGCAGCUGGCUGAUCUCCUUCGAGAACAGCCACCGUAGAAGAAAUUCAGUUUGAACGCCAUUGUUUUCGGGUGACUGACAUGAAAUUUUUUUGUGAGCAGAUAAUUAACAAUCAAAUUUUCUGGAUCACAGGUUUAGUUUAGUUUAGGAUUGGUUCCCGUCUCAAAACCGAACUUAUACCUGAGUGAUCUAUUUUUCCUGGUCACCCUAUUCACACAAUAGCAUUAGCACGUGUUAGUAAUUGUUAAUUGCUAGUUAUAGGUUUCCUAGUUCUUGAACUACAAUCUGAAUUAAAUGAUCUGUAAUGUGCCAAGAUUACGGUUUUAUCUGAUCAAGCUUACAAUGUUAAAAUUAUGAAUACAGAUUUUGACGAAGACAUUAGUUCUUAUCAAAAUCUAUGUGUCUUCAUUUUUAUGGAGCUGUUACACCUCCCAAAAUAGAGUGAAAUGGUGAAAAUGAUCAACUGUAAGUACAUAAAAACCUGGUUUAUAUACAAAAUAUAAGAAAGAAAUAAGAAGAACCAGGAAAUAGACAUUAAAAUUAGCUAGCUUAAGGACAUCAUUAACGGACGUUUUAAAAUGGGUUGACGUUCAAAUAACGAGUUAUUUUAUUGUCUAAAUGUUCUCUGUAAUCAAUCAUUCAUGUUUGCUAAGUAGGAAAAGCCUUCUUAUAAAUAGUUCUAAACGUUUUUUGCAAUACUUUGCUGGAGUUGGUCUAAUUAUGUAUACGCAUAACUUUAGAACGGUAUUUUGCAUUUUGUGCAUCUCUUGUUUUCUGUUUGGCUGCAGCAAUGGGAUGACAAGACAGCAAUUGAAAAAUUCUGGCAAACUAAUGAAAAAAUCUUGCAUGCCCAAAAACGAUGUUACAGAAGAGGAGGUCGGUGACAUUGAAAAGGGGAAGUUCAUAGAGAGCCGUAACGUCAUGUGCUAUGUUGCCUGCAUUUACACUAUGACCCAAGUGGUGAAGAAUAACAAGCUGAGUUACGAGGCAGUCAUCAAGCAAGUGGACAUGAUGUUUCCAGCUGAGAUGAGAGAUGCUGUCAAAGCUGCCGCCACCAGCUGUAAAGAUAUCACAAAAAAAUACAAAGAUUUGUGCGAAUCAGCAUAUUGGACCGCUAAAUGCAUGUAUGAUUACGAUGCAGAAAAUUUCAUGGUCUCCCAAGCUAAACAUAUGUUACAUUUAAAGUUGUUUAACAUAAAUUCCAAGAUUUUGAUAAAAUACGUUUCAGUUUUGCUCAGUUUGUGUGAGAUACGUUGUGGUGUGACAAAUCUGCAAAAAAUGCAAAUAAAGCAGUUGUUAGGGCUGCUUGUAAUCGCAACGUGUGUUGGAAUUGGUUAUGGCAUGAGCCGAGCACAAGUAAAAAAGACGAUGAGUCUAGUGAAAAAUCAAUGUAUGCCGAAGAAUUCUGUAACGGAAGACCAAGUUGGUAAAAUAGAAGAAGGAGUAUUCCUCGAAGAUCGUAAUGUCAUGUGCUACGUUGCUUGUAUCUACAAAAAUCUUCAAGUGGUGAAAAAUGACAAAUUAGACAUGAGUUUGAUAACAAAACAGAUCGAUGCACUAUAUCCUCCAGAAUUGAAGGAACCAGUGAAGAAAGCCGUUUCUUUGUGCAUACAUAGCCAGGACAACUACAACGACCUAUGCGAAAAAGUAUUCCAUGCUUCCAAAUGUUUGUAUGAAAAAGAUCCAGCCAGCUUCAUUUUUCCUUGACGUGUGUAGUUUACAGUACAUUAAGCACAAUAAUGUAUUUUCCAUUUAAUAAAUUUUAAUGUAUAAAUAAUCUGUAUUCAUUCAUUUUACUUCACUGUUACAGUAAUCAAAUGGUUGGUACAUUCACAUUAAUUCGUAUAUAAACUCCUGUUCUAGCCUAAA